ACUCUUUCUUUUCUUUCAUUUUGAUUCUACUUUCACACACACAAAGAACAACAGUGAUGACACUAACCUCAUUACAACAAAUGUCUCUUACCAUCACUGCCACUUGACAUUUUUGUUUUCUCUCUCUCUCUUUUAAACAACCCCUCUCCCCCAAAAUGCAUCCACAUUUCCAUUUCAAUCUUUGAAAAACUAACCCAACAACAACAACACCUUUCUCAAUCUUUGUUUUUAAUGGAGACCCCAAAAGAUGAACUUCAAGUAGUGGACCAUUUGACCACACCACCAACAACAACUGGGACCAGUUUCUCUCAGUUACUAUUAGCAGAUGACGAUGUUCUUGUGGCUGAUAAUCAAAACCCAUUGGUGGUGGGUCUUGAUCAUCAUGUGGACCAAACCUUUUCAACUUCUUCUCUUUUCUCUCUUCACAACACACCCAAAAUGCUUUGUUUUGGUGGUAACUACCAAAAUGAAAUUGAAAUUACUCCUCAGAAAUCUGUCAUCACUUCUAGUGAUUCUUCUUCUGCUUCAGCUUCUUCAUGCAACUACACCAACAACACUGCUUUCAAUAAUGUCAAUAAUAGUUUGCAGAAAAAGCGGAAUGGGUCAGGAGGACAAGAACUAGGGACCAGGGCAGGUGUUGGAGGGCAGAAAGGUCCUAAGAAGACCAAAGCAGACAACCCCACUUCAACUGGACAUGCAAAGAAAAAAGAGAAACUUGGCGAACGAAUUGCAGCAUUACAACAACUUGUUUCUCCCUUUGGCAAGACUGAUACUGCUUCCGUGCUUCACGAGGCAACUGGUUACAUAAGAUUCUUACAUGAUCAAGUUCAGGUUCUGUGCUCUCCAUACCUCCAACCUUCACAAAUUCAAUUUCAAAAUGGGGACGGAGAUAACAAUGAAAGAGGGGAAGAAAACACACAAGUGAACAAAGAUUUAUCUAGCAGAGGUUUAUGUUUGAUCCCUGUUGGAUGCACCUUACACGUGGCAGGUAGUAACGGUGCUGAUUUUUGGUCACCAGCAACAAUAGACAACAACAAUGUUGUUUCACCUUCAACUACUAUUGCUAAGCAGUAGGAGAGUAAUCAAAAUUAAUUAAUGGAAUUGAAAAAAGAAGUUGCAUCUUUUGAGAAAUGGGUUUUUGUGUCUGCUCAAAUUGGAGAUGUACUCAAUAUGAUGGUGACAGGUUAUUUGGAGAAGGAAAAGAAGGAUGAGAAGGUAAACUUUUGGAAAAGGUAAAGAAGGGUUAACAAUUAACAAGAUUAGGUUAAAGUUUACACAUGGGGUACAAAUGAAAUGUCAUGAUUUUGUCCUUAAUUAUGUAACAUCUGUUUUUGGGGGGUCACUUCACUUCUAUAUUUUCUAUAGAAAGAAGGAAAUAUUUUAUGUAGGGUUUUGAUCUAUGGGGCCUUGAACUAGGAGUUUAGGAUGCCCAUAUAAUUUAUUAUAUAUAUUUUGUCUAUGUAAAUUUUGGUAGACAAUACAUCAAGUUAUUCCAAAAUAUUCUCAA